AUGAAACGGAAGAUACAGAUAAUGUACAAAUUCGCCAACGCUGCAUUUCGAAACAGAAAAUCAAGCGUAGGUUCGCUCUUCUACACUCUCCAGAAUCACUCAAUCUCCAGACAAAGUAAGCUGGUAAAGCCUGAGAGAAUGGUCGGGAAAGAUGACGAUACGCAUGUGACCCGUGUCCUAUUUUGCGGUCCUCACUUCCCAGAUUCCAACAAUUUCACGAGAGAUUACGUGCAACCUUACCCUUUCAUCCAGGUUGAUGUUGUCCCUCUCCGUGAAGUUCCCGAGGUUAUAAAGAACUAUCAUAUAUGUGUGGUUAAGUCGAUGCAACUGGAUUCAAAUGUUAUAUCUCGUGCGAGCAAAAUGAAGAUUAUUAUGCAGUAUGGUGUUGGUCUCGAAGGUGUUGACAUUGACGCUGCUACUAAACAUGGGAUUAAAGUCGCUAGGAUUCCCAGUGAGGGUACUGGAAACGCAGCAUCUUGCUCUGAAAUGGCUAUUUAUCUAAUGCUUGGCCUUCUUAAGAAACAGAACGAAAUGCAGAUUUCCGUGCAAAGUAGAAUACUGGGAGAACCAACAGGUGACACGCUUCUUGGUAAAACUGUGUUUAUCUUGGGAUAUGGAAACAUUGGUACAGAGCUGGCGAAACGGUUGAAGCCAUUUGGGUCGAGAGUGAUAGCCACAAAGAGAAGCUGGCCUGAUUCUAUCAUCGACUCAGACUCCAGUCUAGUUGUUGAUGAGAAAGGUAGCAUUGAAGACAUUUACACAUUCGCGGGCAAAGCAGACAUUGUCGCCGUUUGUUUGAGGCUGAACAAAGAAACGAAUGAUAUCGUGGACAAGAAGUUCAUAUCUUCAAUGAAAAAGGGCGCUCUUCUUGUGAAUAUCUCCCGAGGCGGUCUGAUCAACUAUGAAUCAGCUUACCAGAAUCUGGAGUCCGGUCAUUUAGGAGGCCUUGGGAUUGACGUGGCGUGGUCUGAGCCGUUUGAUCCAGAGGACCCGAUUUUGAAGUUCAAAAACGUUAUUAUUACCCCUCAUGUCGCUGGAGUUACAGAGUAUUCAUAUAGGUCCAUGGCCAAGAUUGUGGGAGAUGUCGCACUUCGGUUGCAUGAUGGACUUCCUCCAACCGGAAUCGAGUUUGUCAAUUGA